UACUUCUCUUUCUUGUCCUCUCACUGGCGUACACUCAUACAUGCCCUCUCUCUCCCCAUUGCUCGACUUUGGUGGUCAGUGAGAGAAUCAUAGAUCCAUAAAAUAUAACAACAGAAGAAGAAAAUGGGAAGAGCCCCGUGUUGCGAGAAGGUCGGAAUAAAGAGAGGGCGAUGGACGGCGGAGGAAGACCAUAUUCUCUCCAGCUAUAUUCAAUCCAACGGUGAAGGCUCUUGGAGAUCUCUCCCCAAAAAUGCUGGAUUAAAAAGGUGUGGAAAGAGCUGUAGAUUGAGAUGGAUAAAUUAUCUUAGAUCUGACCUCAAGCGUGGAAACAUAACCCGAGAAGAAGAAGAACUCGUUGUUAAUUUGCAUUCCACUUUGGGAAAUAGGUGGUCACUAAUUGCUGGUCAUCUACCAGGGCGAACAGACAACGAAAUAAAAAAUUAUUGGAACUCUCAUCUCCGCCGUAAACUCCACAACUUCAUCAUCAGAAAGCCGUCGAUCUCUCACGAUGCCCCCGCCGUAAUCAUGAACGUUCCACCGGCGUCACCGCGUCCACCAUCAAAACGCAGACCAGGGAGAACCAGCAGAUCCGCCAUGAAACCCAAAACUCGAAAGACGAAGAGAACGUCUGCACCGCCGGAGCCAGAAGCCGACGUAGCGGUUAAAGAGGUGGCGGGAGAAGAAGCAAUAAUGAUGGAGUUAAAUGGAGCAGAGGCUGAGCUAGGACCAUGUGACUACUAUGGAGCCUAUCAUGAAGGAGGAGAUUGUUGCAAUAAUAAUAAUAAUCUCAUGGGCACUAACGGCGACAAUUUAGUUUUGUCGUUCGAUGAUAACAUCAUGGAUCUUUUGUUGGACGAGGCAGAUGCAUGCAACGUGCUCACUUCAUGUGGUGGUGAUGCAGAGUUGAGUCAUUUAGGGGACUCUGAAGUAGCCAGAGGGCUCUCGGAGACUUCAAUUAACCAAGGGAAUCUCGACUGUCUUCAGCCUUGUCCAUCGGUGCAGUCGUUAAUCAACUACGAGCUUCCAGCUACCGAUGCGUCGAUGGACGAGUGUAUAGAUUGGCAUGAAGGUAAUAGGAAUAGCCUUUGCGGUGAGAAAGAGGGUUCUGAUUCAAUUGUGUCGUGGCUUUUGGACGGUGAUGAUGAUGCCACAGUAGGGAAAACUAACUGCGAAAAUUUUGGAGAACCGUUGGAUCAUGACGAGGAAAAUGCAUUGGUCGCUUGGCUUGUGUCUUGAAGAUACACUAAAAAUCUGUUAAGUUUGAGUAUUUUGUAGUAGUAAAUAUGUGUUUGUAAUAAAAGGCGGGAGUCCUUGUAAGGUUAAAAUAACUUAUCAUCAUCGUUAUAGGAAAAAAUGGAGCUGAUUAUAUUUUGGGCUUAUCGGUGAGAUAGCCAAUUUU